GAAAACGCCGAGAUUAAACUGGCAGAGAACAACGCACACAUCAGUGCCAGCGGUCGGCACGAGAUCUCCAAUGGAGUGUCCUUUCCAUUCCUGGACGAGGCCAAACAGGCUCUGGUCCAAUUUAAAAACAAAGAGGUGCAGUACGUGCAAUUAGCCCUCGAUGUCAACAAGGAG